AUGCGAGAUGGUUGUUAUUCGGUUUCCCAAUUAAUGGAUAUUGGUAAACAGCUACUUGGCAGAAGACACGUUAUGUCUGAUGUAUUUCAAACAUUACAUGAAGUACAAGUAGAGGGUACGUUUCCGGAUGGCACAUACUUGGUAACUGUACAUGAUCCAAUCUGUACGGAUAAUGGUAAUCUUGAAAUGGCAUUAUAUGGUAGUUUUCUUCCUAUUCCAUCCGAGGAAAAGUUCCCAUUGCCGCCCCAAGUCCAGCGUAAGGAUGCUCCUGGUGCCAUUAUCGUCAAGCCUGGUAAGAUUCAUUUAAACGUAGGCAGAAAAAGACUGUCACUUUCUGUUACCAAUUAUGGCGAUCGCCCCAUUCAGGUGGGAUCGCAUUUUCAUUUUAUUGAGGCCAAUGCAGCUCUACAUUUCAACAGAGCUCUAAGUUAUGGUAUGCGGCUCGAUAUUCCUGCUGGUUCCGCUGUUCGUUUUGAGCCUGGAGAUUUCAAAACCAUUACAUUAGUUGAAAUUUCUGGCAAUAAGGUUAUUACAGGUGGUAAUGGUCUUGCAUCUGGACCGGUUGAUUUUAUUCGCUUACCCGAAAUUAUCAACUCAUUAUCAAUUAAAGGAUUUAUGCAUGAUGCAAAUGCGCCUUUACUACCAACCCCAUCAAAUACUACUUUGGACAGAGAAUAUUAUGCCGAUCAUUUUGGUCCCACAACAGGAGAUUUGGUUCGUCUCGGGGAUACCGAACUUUGGGCUUGUAUAGAAAAGGAUUUUACUGUGUACGGCGAUGAGUGCAAGUUCGGUGGUGGAAAAGUAUUACGUGAAGGUAUGGGUCAAGCGACAGCAAGAUUAGAUCAUGAGGUUUUGGAUUUGGUUAUUACAAAUGCCAUGAUUAUCGACUACACCGGAAUUUACAAGGCUGAUAUCGGUAUAAAAAAGGGCAUUAUCGUUGGUAUAGGAAAGGCCGGUAACCCGGAUGUGAUGGAUGGUGUAACUCCAGGUAUGGUUGUGGGAGCUGGUACAGAAGCAUUGGCUGGCGAAGGCAAAAUUUUUACAGCUGGCGCCAUUGAUUCACAUGUACAUUAUAUUUGUCCACAGUUGUGCUACGAGUCAUUAUCAAGUGGCGUAACCACUUUGAUUGGCGGAGGAACAGGUCCUAACACCGGUACAAAUGCCACUACUUGUACGCCUGGUAAUCAUCAUAUUGAAAUGAUGAUGAAAGCUACAGAUGAUAUCCCUAUGAACUUUGGCUUUACUGGUAAAGGAAAUUGUUCUAAUAAAGCCGAACUGGUGGAGCAUAUCAAAGCUGGCUGCUUAGGAUUAAAACUCCAUGAGGAUUGGGGAACAACCCCUGCGGCUAUUGAUGCAUGUUUACAAGUUUGUGACGAAUUAGAUGUUCAGGCAACAAUUCAUACAGAUACAUUAAACGAAGCAGGUUUUGUUGAAUCUACGAUUGCUGCUUUUAAGGGUAGAACCAUUCAUACGUAUCAUAGUGAAGGUGCUGGAGGGGGCCAUGCGCCAGAUAUCAUCACUGUUUGUAGUGAACCCAAUGUUUUACCUUCUUCUACAAACCCAACACGACCCUUUACUGCAAAUACAUUAGAUGAGCAUGUGGAUAUGUUGAUGGUCUGUCAUCAUUUGUCUAAGUCGAUUCCUGAAGAUGUAGCUUUCGCCGAGAGUCGAAUUAGGGCCGAGACAAUUGCAGCAGAGGACGUGUUGCAUGAUAUUGGAGCAAUUAGUAUGAUAAGUUCUGAUUCUCAAGCUAUGGGAAGAGCAGGAGAAGUCAUUCUUCGUACUUGGAAAACCGCAAGUAAAAUGAAGCAACAACGAGGCACAUUAAAAGAAGAUCUUGAUUCUGAGGGUGAUAAUUUCAGAAUUCGCAGAUAUAUCGCAAAGUACACAAUUAACGUGGCGUUAGCUCACGGUAUCGGUCACAUUAUUGGGUCGAUUGAAGUAGGAAAGGUAGCUGAUUUAGUCUGUUUCACGCCUGAAUACUUUGGUUCUAAACCUGAGCUUAUAUUAAAGGCCGGUGUCAUUGUUUGGGGUCAAAUGGGUGAUGCCAAUGGAUCUAUUCCAACAACACAGCCAGUUAUAUCUAGACCCAUGUACGGUGCCAACGCCUCUAGCUUGUCUUCUUCUUGCCUCAUAUUUGUAUCGCAAUUGUCAUUGGAUGAAGGCAUUGUUCAAGGUUAUAAACUUCGUAAACGAGCAGAAGCAGUCAAAGGAUGUCGUACGGUGGCAAAGAAAGAUAUGCACUUGAAUGAUGCCAUGCCAAAAAUCACAGUAGAUCCUGAAACUUACAAGGUUCAGGCCGAUGGAGAGGAUUGUGUUUGUGAUCCUGUCUCGUCAUUACCAUUAACACAAUCUGUGUACCUAUUCUAA